AUGACGGCGACGCGGGGGUCCCGGGCCCGGUGUCCCCCGGCCGCCGCGGGCGCGACAGAAGUGACGCCAGAGCGGCGCGCCGGGAGCGCGGGUGGCCCGGGCCGCCCCCCUUUUCCGCCUCCUUCUGCCGGGGGGCCCCGGCGGAGCCCCCCGAGCCCGGCCGGGCGGGACGGCGGCUCUGGGCGCGCUGCUGCGCUGCUUUCCCUGCGAGCGGCUGUGCGGGGGCUGCGCGGUGCCCCCCGGGGCGCUGCCUCCGGCCAUGCCGCCCCCCCGGGCCCGGCCCGCCGCCGCCUGCCGCCCGCCGCCCGCCUGCCGCCGCGCACCUUCCGCAGUUACCUGCCGCGCUCGCACCGCACCUACAGCUGCGUGCACUGCCGGGCGCACCUGGCCCGCCACGAGGAGCUCAUCUCCAAGUCCUUCCAGGGCAGCCACGGCCGUGCCUACCUGUUCAACUCCGUGGUGAACGUGGGCUGCGGGCCGGCCGAGCAGCGCCUGCUGCUGACGGGGCUGCACUCGGUGGCCGACAUCUUCUGCCAGAGCUGCAAGACCACCCUGGGCUGGAAAUACGAGCAGGCGUUCGAGAGCAGCCAGAAGUACAAGGAGGGGAAGUUCAUCAUCGAGAUGUCGCACAUGGUGAAGGAGAACGGCUGGGACUGAGGCGGGGCCACGGCUGGGACUGGGGGGCACCGGGGGGCG